AUCUCUAUCAUGCGUAUUUUUGUCUUCAUAACAACUAACAAAGAUCACCAAGUUCUGAAACGCCUUUCCCUGCAAUCCAAAAAUCCAUUUGUCUCAUUUUUUCCAAUCAUCCAACACACUCUCACGAUUAGGGUUUUUUAAUUUUCGUUUCGAAGCGCGAAAUGUUCACCCGAAGCAAACGCUUCCCUUCUUCUUCGUCUUCAACCUCCGAGAAGAAAUCCUCCGUUUCAAAUAAUACAACUUCGAGCAAAAAGGUUAACGCCGUGAAGACUCGCUCGGCGAAGAAACGUCCCGCUCUCACUGAUGUAACCAAUAGCAGAAACGCCUCUCUCGCCAAACCAGCCGUUGGUGCACCAUCCAAGCCAACGUUGAAGGUUCCAUGUGCGUCGAAAACUGCAAAGACCAAGAAGGAUUCUGUUGCCAGUUCGCAGAAAAAUGUUAAGCCUUGUAGGAACACUUUGCAAGCCUCAUCGAGCGUAAAAUCAAGUAGGCUUGUACUACCCAAAGAGGCAUGUUCCACCAGAGCUAGUAAAACUAAGACUGGAGGAGUUCAUGCCUCCAUUGCUCCAAGCAAUGAUGGUGCUGUUUGUCCUGAAUUUAAGAGUGUGGUUUGUGCUCCGAGAUGGAUGGACAUUUCUCCAAGUAACUCUUUUAGUGGUUCUGCAUCGCUGGACGAGAGCAUGUCAACGAGUGAUUCUUUUAUGAGUUCGGAAUUCCAAUAUACUGGCAACGAUGAUAUUGUAUCAAUUAAAUCAAUUGAGAAUAGGACAUGCAGCAUUCUCAAUAUUUCAGACUCUUCCAAAAUAGCUGGGAGAGGUCAAGAUAUUGACACCAUACUGAAGUCAAGAGCAAAUGAAAUUGUUGACAUUGACUGCCAUAUCAAAGACCCACAGUUUUGCGCAUCCAUAGCCCAUGAAAUCUAUGAAUAUUUGCGUGUAUCUGAGAAAACUAAAAGGCCGUCUACGAACUUUAUGGAGAAGAUACAGAAAGACAUAAAUGCUAGCAUGCGGGCAAUGCUUAUUGAUUGGCUUGUGGAGGUCGCUGAAGAGUACAGGCUUCUACCUGAUACACUAUUUUUGGCAGUUAACUACAUUGAUCGCUAUCUUUCAGGCAAAUCAAUUAAUAGACAGCAGUUUCAACUACUCGGUGUUUCCUGCAUGAUGAUUUCUGCUAAAUACGAGGAGAUCUGUGCCCCGAAGGUGGAAGAGUUCUGUUAUGUAACUGAUAAUACAUAUUCUAAGGAGCAGGUGUUGGAGAUGGAAUCCUCUGUGCUGAAAUUCUUGAAGUUUGAAAUGACAGCUCCCACAACUAGAUGUUUUUUGAGACGCUUCAUUAUUGUUGCCCAACAAACCUGUGAGGUUCCAUUGAUGCAGUUGGAGUAUUUGGCAGACUAUCUUGCAGAGUUAUCUCUUCUAGAGUAUGAUAUGCUUCAGUAUGCACCAUCAUUAAUAGCUGCAUCAGCCACUUUCUUGGCUAAAUAUAUACUACUUCCUAGGAAAAAACCCUGGAACUCUAUGCUAAGGCAUUACACAGGUUACCAAGCAUCAGAAUUGUGUGAAUGUAUUAAUGGGUUGUGUUUGUUGUACUGUAAUGGCUAUCAUAGUUCUCCUUCCAUUAUUGCUAUCAGGGAGAAGUACAGUCAACAUAAGUUCAAGUUUGUGGCGAAGAAGUAUUGUCCUCCAUCAAUACCAGUAGAAGCAUUUCACAACUAAACCCACAUACUUAUACAGGAAUUACUAGCAAAGACAGCUAAUUUGACUUGAGGUAAAAAGAUCACAGUGUGUUUAAAAAUGUAUCAAAAAGUGUUAUAGUUAUUCAAAUACUUGCGGUGUGCACUCUUAAGUUCUGGAUCAUUGGGAGCAAAGGGAUGUAAUGUUGCUUGCUCGGUCAUCUUGCCUUGUAGAAUUUUGCCUAUGCCAAUUUUGUGUCAAUCAUUUGAUAUCCAAGCUACUGUACCAUGUCCAUUUAGACACAUUCAUUCAUUCUCCAUAGUCUUUACAUCUAUCAUGUAUAGUUCCUCCUUCUUGCAAACCUUGUUAAAUUAAAUAAAUAAAUUUGUAGCUUGAA